CUUAUAUCACAAAUUGUGAAAAAGUUUUGUAAGACAACACAAAUUAUCUUAUAAUUGUUAAUUUUUAUAUUGGUAUGUUAAUGUACAGUAUUUACCCAAACCUGAUGGCUUUACUAAACUUAUAGGCAAAGUACAAUAUUCAAUUAGCCUAUUUAACCUAAGUUUUCCAAAACUAAUUUCUGGUCAGAACCGCACCAGUUAUUUGGCAUUAAACGUUUUGGGAGAAUUAAAAGCACCACAGCUUUGCUUGUUAUUGAGCUGAUGACAUGUACUGUUGUAGCAGAAGGCAUUACUUGUUAAAAAAUCAUGUUAUAAAUUGUCCUCGGAAAGUAAAACCAAAGAUACGCGACUACCACCUAUCGUCAUCAUUUCGAAAUUUGCGUUCCACCACAUUCUGGAGCCGGAUAUAUUGGUCCUCUCGCUGCUCCGUAGAUACAAAUUGCUUACCGAGAGAGAUUGUUGUUGUCAAAAUUUGAAGAGGGAGAUAGGAUUGUUAGCCGUUUCUUCCUCCUUUUUCGCUCUGAUCACUGACUGGACUAACACCGAAUUAGGAAGAGACGGGACACAGUCAUACACAAGACGGAGAGUGAAACCAGCCAGGGCACCGUAGCUGUCCCCUGGAGCGUGCCCACCGGCAGGGAGAAUGAGCUCAAAGGGGGGUGGCACUGCACUGUCCCGCCGUACCUACAGGCUGGCCUCCGACAGUGACAAGCCAAAGGUGGCAGGCAUUGUGAGUGAGAAGCUUCUGAGUGACUACCUACACCAUGUCUUCCCCUCCUCUGACAAGCAGAGUCAGCCAGCCGCAGCCUUCAGGAAGCCACUGACAUUUCAGGAUUUGGGCGCUCACCUGGAGAGGCUGCUGUCUGAUGGAGAGCCCACAGAUGACAACAGAGAUCAAGCUGUGGAUGGUCGCCUUGGCCCCUCGACUGUUGUCCUGGACCAUACCAGCGGCUUUGAGGGGUUGUUGCUGGUAGACGAUGAUCUCCUCGGGGUAAUUGGCCACAGCAAUUUCAGCUCCAUCAGAGCCACAACCUGUGUUUUUAAAGGAAAGUGGACCUACGAGGUGCUCAUUUCCUCUCAGGGGUUGAUGCAGAUCGGCUGGUGCACGCUGAACUGCAGGUUUAACCAGGAGGAGGGAGUGGGCGACACACCCGACUCAUAUGCUUAUGAUGGAAACAGGGUACGCAAGUGGAAUGUCACCACCACCAACUAUGGCAAGUCUUGGGCUGCUGGGGACAUUGUAAGCUGUUUGAUAGACCUGGAUGAGGGGACAAUAUCAUUUUGCCUUAAUGGGCAGUCCCUGGGCGCAGCCUUCAGUAACAUCAAGAUGGGCCCAGGCAUGGCCUACUUCCCAGCAAUCAGCCUGUCCUUCAAAGAAUCAGUGGCGUUCAACUUUGGCAGCCGCCCUCUCCGAUAUCCUGUAGAGGGGUACAUGCCCUUGCAGAACCCACCCACCGCUGACCUCCUCAAAGCACAAAAGCUUCUGGGAUACAUCAAGAAUGUGCUGUCCACCAGAAUAGACGUGCAGGAGGGGAAGCUGGUGGAGAAGGAUAGCUCAGCCUGGCAGCUGCAGGGGGAGCCCACAGUGUUGGUGACACUGGCACAUGUCUUCAACUACUUCGCCCCUCUCAUGUGUAAGGUCUACAUAGUGGAAGAUGUCCUUAUGAAUUUUCUGCUGAGUAUUUUAGAGGGGGGUGGCUCAGUGGAUGAACACCCCCUCAUUCAGCAGCUCCUGGAUCUCUUUUGGCUGCUGAUGGAAGAUUAUGAGGUGAACGAAUGCCUGAAGCAGCUGAUGAUGUCCCUCCUCAGGGCCUACAGAUUCUCUCCCAUCAUCCCUGACUUGGGCUUCCAGAUCCAUUAUCUGCGCCUAACGACUGCUAUCCUUCGACAUGAGAAAUCUAGGAAGUACCUUCUAAGCAAUGUGUUGUUCGACGUUCUGCGCUCUGUGGUAUUCUUCUUCAUCAAGACCCCCUUGCGGGUCAAGGAGGCCGGCCUGGAGGAGCUCAUUCCUACCACCUGGUGGCCAAGUCGCUUUGACAAGGAGGGGAAGGAUGAGAGGGAGUCAAGAGAAGAGAGUGCUGAGGAAAGACUGAGGCGCAGGGCCUAUGAGAGGGGCUGCCAGCGCCUGAGGAAGAGGAUUGAAGUGGUGGAGGAGCUGCAAGUGAAGAUUCUCCAGCUAAUGCUGAAUAACAAGGACAAAGGGACGGGUGAAGCCUCCCGGUAUAUCUUCCUUAAUAAAUUCCGCAAGUUCUUACAAGAGAACGCCAGCAACAGAGGGAAUCCUACAGUGCUGUGCCCUCCUGAGUACAUGGUGUGUUUCUUGCACCGCCUCAUUACUGCUGUCAGGAGCCUCUGGGAUGAGGGCAAAAGGAAGAUCCCAGGGUGUGUGAGCAGCGAAGAGGCCUACGUUCCUCCUCAGCUGUUUUACAAUGGCAAGGUGGAUUACUAUGACCUGCAGAGAUUGGGCGGCCUUCUCUCCCACCUUAAGAAAACCCUCAAAGAUGACCUGGCCACCAAAGCCAAUAUCAUAAUUGACCCAUCGGAGAUCCAAUCCACGUCAAUGGAUGACCUGGAUGAGGAUGAAGACAGUGGUGCAGCACAGAGGCCAUUCGGGGCAGCUGCAAUGGGGGCAGCCUUGGCGCGGCCCAGCUGGCUGAGCUCCCCCACUCUGGGCAGAGCUAACCGCUUCCUCAGCACUGCUGCAGUCAGCCUCAUGACCCCACGGCGACCCCUUGCCCCACCAGAGAAGGUCAAAGUGCGCACCUUGGCAGUAGAGCAGAGGACUGAGGAGGACAUUGAGGGCAGUCAUGGUAAUGAUGGACUAUUGCUUGGGCGACCACCAGAAGAGCCGGAGCAACCAAUAGCUGAGAAGUCCCUCCUGGAGAUCUUGGAUGGUAUCAUCAUGAUGUACAACUUGAGUGUGCACCAACAACUGGGCAAGAUGGUGGUGGUGUCAGAUGAUGUCCAUGAAUAUGCGGUGGCCCUGAAGGACACUGAGGAGAAGAUUGCUCGCUGCCCAAGUAGAAGACAUGACAUUCUGGAGGAGCUUCAGAAGAGCCAGAAGGUUUUUGCUGAGAAGUUGAACCACUUGAGCCGCAGACUAGCCUGGAUUAAUGCUACCAUUUACUCCAAAGAGAAGAUGCUGGAUGUGUACUGGCUGCUCCAAGUCUGUAUCCGCACCAUAGAGCACGCCGACAACACCGGCUCCCUGUUUGCAUUCACCCCGGAGUUCUAUCUUAAUGUGGCCAUGAACAGCUACAGCGCACUCAAGAACUACUUCAGCCCUUCCAACAGCAUGGAGGAGCUGCCAGGUUAUGAGGACACACUUACCCAGCUUGCUGCUAUCUUAGCCAAACAUUUUGCAGACCCCCGCAUUGUAGGAACAGAUAUAAAGGACUCUUUGAUGCAGGCACUGGCCAGCUAUGUGUGCUAUCCCCAGUCCCUAAAAGCAGUGGAGAGAAUCUCAGAGGAACAGCGAGUGGCCAUGAUGAAGAACCUGCUGGCCCCCUAUGAACAGAGACCCUGGGCACAGACCAACUGGAUCCUGGUGCGACUUUGGAGGGGCUGUGGAUUUGGCUACAGGUACACACGAUUGCCUCACCUGUUGAAAACCAAACCUGAGGAUGCAAACCUACCCAGCCUGCAGAAGCCCUGUCCCUCCCUUCUGCUCCAGAGACACAUGGCAGAGCUGUUGAGCCAAGACAAGGAGAUGGCUGCCAGUUUCCUCAACAGCGUCCUCAACCAGCUCAACUGGGCCUUCUCCGAGUUCAUAGGCAUGAUCCAGGAGAUCCAGCAGGCUGCGGAACGCCCUGAGCGCAACUUUGUGGACACGCGCCAGCUAAAAGUGUGUGCCACCUGCUUCGACCUGUCCGUCAGCCUGCUGCGUGUGCUGGAGAUGACCGUAACUCUGGUGCCAGAAAUCUUCCUGGAUUGGACCCGUCCUUCUGCAGAACUGCUGCUGCGGCGACUAGCACAGUUGUUAAACCAAGUGCUGAACCGCGUGACCGCAGAGAGGAAUCUCUUUGACAGGGUUGUCAACCUGCGGCUGCCAGGGCUGGAGAGUGUAGAUCACUACCCUAUCCUGGUGGCUGUGACUGGGAUUCUGGUGCGCCUUCUUGUGGAUGGUGAUAGUCAGUGGGUGUCCAGAGCUGGAGCGGUGCUGCUGUCUGACCCGUGUUUCCAGCUGCACUCCAUUCAGCACCUCCUGGGAGACAAAGAGCCACCCUGUGCUGGGGCACCCCUCCCUCCUGGUGACCGCAAGCACUUCUCCCUGCACACCUACACAGACUAUAUCAGCGUGGAGGAACAGCAGAAGGUGGAGCAGAUGCUGGCCUUUCUGACAGAAGAGUCCAAGCAGGCAGCAGCCAGCGCAGCACCCACCAGCGAAGAGGACCUGUGUCCUAUCUGCUACGCCCAUCCCAUCUCUGCUGUCUUCAAGCCCUGCUCCCACAAGUCAUGCAAAGCCUGCAUCAACCAGCACUUGAUGAACAAUAAGGACUGCUUUUUCUGCAAGGCCACAAUCACUGGAGUGGAGGACUACAACAAGCCAGCAUCCUCUUAGCACUGCGGCCCCUCUCCCUCAGCACCUGCCCAGGACAAGGGGCAAUGAACACACACACAUCAAGACUUGAGGAAACUGAACACCUGCUCAUAUUGACCGCUAACUUUGGGUACCAUUUUACGCUUCUCCUUGGGUCCCGUUUUAGUCACAAAUUCUGAAUCCUCUCCAAGGAAAAGUAAGAGUUGUUUUAUGGUCAAAACUCAUAAUUAAAUUACAGCCAUCUAA